GGGUCCUAUUGAUGUUGUACGCUUAGGCGGGGGGUGUAUUACUGAGGGAGGAAAAUCGAGUCAAGAGAGUUACAGCCUCAACGCCAGGCGUUUCGAGAUAUGAGAUUAGGCUCUAUUUCUCUUUUCUGUCCUUUCUGAAAACACAAAAUAAGGGCUGAUCACUUUGCAGGCGAACCGACGCUUGCGAUUCUAUUUAAGGACGACUUUUAAACCCCCCGGUGUGCAUGCACGGUUCCCCUAUCAGUAGGCAAGUUAUUGAGAGAGAGCCAGAGAAGAGGGAAAAGGGUAACCCCAGGAAACAGGGAUGGUGGACAAUUCCGGUAGCAGCAAGGCGCAAAUGCCCAGUAUGUCUCAGGAGGGAGGUCUGGGGACCGGCGUGAAACUAGAGGCGGUGAUGGAGCAGCUCCAGCGGCAGCAGCAGGCACGUCUGGAGAUGGAGCGCAAGGAGCGGCAUCUGCGCGAGGCCCACAUCAUGUACGCCCAGCAGAUGGCCGCCCAACAGGCCAUCCUGGCGGCCGCACGCGCCCAGGGCGCUGGCUUCAUGGGCAAGGGCCUGGGUCCGGCUGGCAUGGCGGCUCUGGCCAUGGCAGGCGGUGCAGGUGGAGGUGGCGGUGGCGUGCUGUCACGGGCGUCCAACCAGAACAGCGUGGACUCUGAGCGCGAGGAUGACGAUGAGGACGGCGCUCGUGGCAGGCGAGACUCCGGGGAGGACGACGAGGAGGAAGACGAGGAGGAAGAAGAGAUGAUGGAGGGGGACGAGGGGACCGAGGGGGAGGACGAAGACGAGCGAGGAGGCGUAGCUGGACCGGGCGGCGUGGGCUUGUCCACGGCUGACGCCGCGGCAGGGCUGGAGUACCUCAGGAAGCAGACACUGGCCCUCCAGCAGGGCAUUCCGUGCGUCCCCCCACGGCCCUACGGCAACUACGUGACCGCCGCCCCUGGCCCCGGUCCCCAGAGGGCCCCCUCGCCCCCUGUCAGGGUCAAGCAGGAGCCUGAAGAGAGCCUCUCGCCAGCCGAACCCCACUCAGCUGCCUCCCCCAACGGACAGGCAGACUGGAGCUAUGACGAUCACUUCAAGCAGAAUGGAAGUGCAGCCUGGGUGGACGACACAGACAGCCCAAAGGGAAGAGGGGAGGCCUCCCGAGACUUCACUAAGCUGUAUGAGCUAGACAGUGACCCUCAAAGAAAGGAGUUUUUGGACGACCUCUUCUCCUUCAUGCAGAAAAGAGGGACUCCAGUCAACCGCAUCCCUAUCAUGGCCAAGCAGGUUCUGGAUCUGUACAAGCUGUACAAGCUGGUGACGGAGAAGGGCGGCCUGGUGGAGGUCAUCAAUAAGAAGAUCUGGAGGGAGAUCACCAAGGGCCUCAACCUGCCCACCUCCAUCACCAGCGCCGCAUUCACGCUCCGCACACAAUACAUGAAGUACCUGUACCCAUUCGAGUGUGAGCGUAAGGGCCUGAGCUCCCCCAGCGAGCUGCAGGCCGCCAUCGACAGCAACCGGCGCGAGGGCCGUCGCCCCAGCUACAGCAGCAGCGUGUUCCGCUUCUCCCCCUCGCCCAGCGCUGCCCCGCACAUCCUCUCCUCUCCCAAGAUGCACAUGGGCGCUCUGGGCGCCGGGGCCGCGGGGGCCCUCAACGGGAUGCAGGCCUCCUCCAGCCCCUCCCUCAAGAAAGGAGUCGGGCUUUAUUGGCAUGACUAUAAAGAAGACAUGGCCUCCUCCAUGCUGGCGGGCCGUUCCCAGCUGGCUCUGUCCGUGGGUCAGCAGCAGGUGGCAGGCCUGGCACGGGCCACCACCCUGGAGCAGCUGCGGGAGAAGCUGGAGACGGGCGGCAUGGCCGCAGGCCUGGGCGGGAUGGCGGGCUUCGGCGCAGCGGCGGCGGCUGCGGCAGCCGCGGGGCUAACGGAGGGCCCAGAGAGGAAGAUGGCGCGGCUAGCUGAGGAGCAACAGAGGCUGCUGCAGCAGGCCUUCCACCACAACCUGCUGGCCAUGGCCUCUCAGGUCCCCAUGAACCUGCGGCUGGGCAACGUCAGAGCUGAGGACAAGCAGGACCUCUCCCUCAGCAUCAGCACCUCUGGAGCUUCCAGCAUCAGUGUGUCUGUAGAGGUCAAUGGAACUCUAUACUCAGGAACACUGUUUGCCCAAAAGUCUGCUGCGCCGGCCGCAUCUGUGGCCCCUACAGUGACCUCUGCUGGUCCGAGUGGGAUCUACACUUUCCCCUCCAGCCACAGCCCCUCCUCCAGUGCCUCUUCCAAGGGGCCCAGCUCAGCGGAGCCCUCCUGCAGCGGCUCCCCUUAGUCUGGGGAGGCCCUUCACCCGCUGCCCAGGCUCGCUACUCGGCCUGGUAUAUCCAGUACAUCAUUUCUAUAUGAAAAGGAAAAAAAAAAAUCAAAACUGUUGUACAACCAGUACCUCAAUGCUCCUGUCGACCAUGGCUGUCCACACACACAUGCACAGACACAGACACAUACAUACAACCCCCCCCCCCCCCCCCCACACACAC